UCGAUUUUGACGACUGUAUAAAAAGAUACAGCAGGAGUUGGACUGUAUCAUUCGAUUCUUUAACGAUAACCAUGAAGUCUGUAGCGAUUGCUUUUCUGGCAUUGGCCUUGCUGAACUUCAGUACUGCUGAAGACGACGGUCAAUACCACCCAGGAAAGUAUGGGACUGACGACGGUAGCUACAAACCCACUAACGAAGGUCGCUACUACGGAGCUAAGGAUAGGACCUACAAAUACUACAGCACCGUAGACAACAGAUAUUUCGACAGCGUGAUCACGCCGAACGGCAAAUACGACUCUAUCUACUCCGCGUAUCAACCAGUCAUUGUUAAGGCACAGACUCCGUAUCAGCAGAUAUUGACUCCCUUCGUCAACUAUGAAGCCGAAAGCGGUUUCGAACAAUACCCAUUCGGAUCUUCAUUGUCUGCUGUCACCUACCGGCCUCCAGUGGUGCCUGUGGUGUCUACGAUUAGCCCUGUAGUGUCUUCAGUAGCUCCCGUGGUAUCGACGGUCAGCCCCAUCGCGUAUGCGUCGACGCCUAGGCCCGUAGUGUACUCCGCUCCAGUGAAGCCAUUCGUGUACUCUGCUACACCAAAACCGAUUGUAUACUCGGCUGCACCGAAAUCUGUCGUGAUCGCUCCUAAAGCAGUACCAGUGAGCGUUCCCGUUUAUGCUAAAGCUCACCCUUAUUCAAACGAGGCCUACGCCAGAAUCAUCAAGCAGGAUACCGACGUCGACGCCAACUCUUAUCGCUACUUAUAUGAAACCGAAAAUGGUAUUGCGGCCCAGGAGGUAGGCGUUGUGGACGCCGUUAAUGGAGGAGGAACCAGAGCAAGUGGUUUUUACGAAUACGUGGGCGACGAUGGUCUGAAGUACCGAGUGGACUACACGGCCGACGAAAACGGCUUCCACCCCAGAGGCGCGCAUUUACCUUAAGAAUAUUUUUGACGAUGUAUUAUUAAUUUAAUUAAUACAAAUACAAAAGAAACGAUUCAGUAUUUUUAAAAUAAACGAGAAGCUAUUUA